AUGCAUGGCUAGACGGGAGCUCAGCCCUCAUGUCAUUCUCCUCGAGGUGGAGAGAUAGGAGGUCCAUCUCUUCAUUGUUUCUGAUAUCACAUAGUGAUGUUAUAGCAGGGUUAUGGAGAAGUAAGUUUGUGAGGGAAAUAUGCAGGCACCGACACGAAAACGAUUGCUACAAUUGGAUUAAUGUUUGAUGAAGGUUGAUACCCCUAAAUCAAAGAGUCGAUGCUAACUAAAUAUUCUUGAGAAUCCCAUCGAAGAUAUAUGUUGAAAUUCGAGGUCUGCAAGGUAGAAGAGAGAAUAUCAUAUAAAUCACCAUACGCAUCUCCUUGAUUCAGCAGUAGAUCCAACCCUUCAAUGGAAAUACAUGACUCCUUUGCCAUUUGAAAUAUAGAUAUAAGAUCACCUAAUAUGACACUUAAACAAAAGAAGAACUUUCUUCAGAUUUCGAUUAGGUCGAUAGACUCUACUUUCUAGAAUCGUUUUGGGCCCUUACCGGGAGAAAGAACGAAGGUUGGCUGUUCGAGCUUCCACAUACUCGACACACACGAUAUAUUCAAUAUAUUUGAAGUAUGUGAUAUAAGGCAGGUUACCCGCAUUAAUAUACAGUGUAAAAUAGUUUGUCUAACGGACAUCAAAAGCAGAUUUAGGGAUUCCAACGAUCUUCUCUUCUCGAGUUCCACCCAAUGAGGAAUUUCAAGUCAUAGAAAAUUGAAUUUGGAGGCAUGAAGCCUGUGGAUAAGAAUAUCAACGAGAACCAUACAGCUAUAGAAGCCAGACGGACGAGGGACAGAAAUACAGAAAUUAUAUUCGGAAGUUUUUUAUGUAUGGAGUGCUCUAGAACCUUGUAUUUUAGGCCUGAAUAAUUUCAAUUUCAAUUACCUCGCAUGAGCACGAACAAGAACAACCUUCAAGCUCCCCGCCAAAGUCCAAUUCAAAACCUCUUAAGGAAAAGAAGGCCAUGGACAAGAGAAAAUGUCAAUUCGCCCUCCUGUCAAAUCAUGGUCUUCGACUUUAAGACUACCUAAAUCUUCUUUUCCGUAAGCAAAUCUUUGGUUUGGUUUGUCAAUUGUUGAUAAUCUUUCGAACCAUCAAUUGACUCCAACAUCACCAGUCCUCGACCAAUCCCCGCAGAGCAACCAAAAUACCUUCAACGAUGCUCCGACGAUCUCUACAAAUGGCAAAGCUAUGAAAGAUCUGCCAAGAAACCGUUUAUCCUUCAUGAUGGUCCUCCAUACGCCAAUGGUCCUCUUCAUGUUGGCCAUGCUGUGAAUAAACUUCUAAAGGAUAUCAUUUGUCGAACCCAGGUCCAACAAGGCCAUCGAGUUGUGUGGGUUCCAGGAUGGGACUGUCAUGGCCUUCCGAUCGAAAUCAAGGCUCUCGAGCAACAGCGUGAGAAGAAAGAUGGUGAAGGGAUAUUAGAUGCCAUUGGGAUACGACGAGCGGCUCGAAACCUCGCAAGCAAAACCGUAAAGGAACAUAUGAAAGGCUUCCGAGAAUGGGGUAUUAUGGCAGAUUGGGACAAGGCUUGGAAGACAAUGGAUAAGACAUUCGAAACCAAGCAACUAGCAGUUUUCCAGGAAAUGGUCAAGAAAAGUCUUAUUUUUCGACGUUACAAACCGGUCUAUUGGUCACCAUCGUCGAGAACAGCUCUCGCGGAAGCGGAGCUUGAGUACAAUAACGAACAUAUUUCUACAUCAGCCUAUAUCAAAUUUCCUAUCACGAACAUCUCCGGCGAAUUUAGAGACUUCGUCCCCAAUCUGAGUAAACUUUCGGCAUUGAUUUGGACUACUACCCCUUGGACGCUUCCCGCGAAUAGAGCCAUUGCGUUUCAUCAGGACCUGACUUAUUCGAUUGUCAAAUGUGAUGAGGAUCAUAUUAUCAUUGCGAGCUCAAGGCUCUCUGCACUACAGGAUUCAUGCUUCAAAGACAAAGUCAUCGAGGUUGUUCGGCAAGAUAUCCCUGGUUCUGUACUGGGGAACCUGACUUAUACCAAUCAACUUCGUGGCCAAAACUCUGAUGACCAACCUUUGAUUCAUGCAGAUUUUGUUUCGUCUGAAUCUGGUACUGGGCUGGUUCAUUGCGCUCCUGGUCAUGGUAUGGAUGAUUAUGAGGUCUGCACUCGUCUUGGUAUAGAGGCUAUUGCCCCCGUUGAUGAUCUAGGAUGCUUUACUGAUGCUGCUCUCCCCAACGACCCAAGUGCUCUGUCAGGUAAGUCCGUGCUAAAUGAUGGGAACACGGAAGUUUUGAAAAUUCUUGGAGAUCAAGUUCUGUUCAUCUCGAAGUAUAAGCACAAAUACCCAUAUGAUUGGCGAACAAAACUUCCAGUCAUUGUCAGAGCCACAGAACAAUGGUUUGCAGAUGUUGGAGAUGUCAAAAGUGUUGCUUUGGAGAGGCUGAAAGGCGUGACAUUCAUCCCGCAAACCGGAAAGCAAAGACUGGAAAGCUUCAUCAAGUCGAGGAGCGAGUGGUGUAUCUCAAGGCAAAGGGCUUGGGGUGUUCCCAUACCUGCAUUGUAUGACGAAAAUGGUACAGCCUUAUUAACUGAAACGAGUGUUGCACAUAUUCUCUCUGUUAUCGAAGAACGAGGAAUCGAUGCGUGGUGGUCAGAUCCGGAGAACGAUCCGGCAUGGAUUCCAGCUGGGAUGAGCGGUACGUAUCGACGAGGCAAAGAUACCAUGGAUGUUUGGUUUGAUAGUGGUACUAGUUGGACACAGACCGAACAACAAGCCGAUGUCUACUCGGAAGGCACUGAUCAACAUAGAGGUUGGUUUCAAUCAAGUUUGUUGACUCACACCGCUGUUGCCGAUAGUUCCAAAGCACCUUUCAAGACAUUGAUUACACACGGAUUUACUCUCGAUCAAAGUGGAAAGAAAAUGUCUAAGUCUAUUGGAAACACAAUAGCACCAAGUCAAAUAAUGGACGGCUCCCUUCUUCCGCCUCUGAAGAUGAAAAAGAAGGGUGGAAAUGUUUCUCAGGGAUUUGGCGCCGAUGCAUUACGCUUAUGGGUAGCUAGCAGUGACUAUACCAAGGAUAUAGUCAUUGGUCAACCAGUUCUUGCAUCUGUAAACUCUGCAUUAUUGAAGUAUCGCAUCACUUUCAAGAUGUUACUGGGAUCAAUGCAUGAAAGUGCGAGGACCUCGCCAGUGACUAAACUGGAUAAGAUCGCAUUGGUCCAAUUGAGAGCAGUCAUGGCUGAAGUCGAGUCGGCUUACAACUCUUACGAAUUCCAUAGGGCUGUGAGUGCAAUCAAUCGCUGGAUACACACUGAUCUCUCCGCAUUUUACCUCGAGGCUAGUAAAGACAGGCUUUACUGUGGUGAUGGAGGGGGUGUGUUGGAAGAAAUAUUCCAUGGUCUCUUGAAAAUGUUAACUCCAAUCACGCCGUGUCUUGUCGAAGAGGUCUGGAACCAUUUGCCUGCUUGGAUGGCUGCCGAAAGCCCGGUUCAUCCUUUUCAUCGAGAAUUCCUUGAUCCUAUCAUUUCUCCCCGUCGUCUUUCUCGGGAAGAAAUUCCAUCUAUUGAGCAAGAUAUUCCUUGGUUAUUAGAAGCACAUACUGCCAUCAAACUUGCCCAAGAAGAAGCUCGCUCUCAAAAAAUCAUCGGAUCGUCCCUAGAAUCAUCCGUAUUAAUAGAUCUGCCUUCAAAAAGCCUGAAGGUAUUCGAGCGCUAUGCGGAUGAGCUAGAGAGCAUAUUUGUUGUAUCAUCUGUGGAAAUUGGCGGUGAUGUCAAUAGAGGAAACUGGAAGUUCUCUGCCCCGUUGUGUCCACCUGGAUGCCAUGAACCAGGCGGGGAGGGAAAGGUGUGGGUUUUGCCUCCUAAGGACAAUAAAUGCCCAAGGUGCUGGAGAUAUGUGGCUCCAGUGGAAGAUGAGCUUUGUGGGAGAUGUGAAACCGUUACUGCUAUGUAAGACUUGUUAUUUAUUAGUACGUCCAUGAAUUAAAGAUACCCACUCCUUCACUGCGAAUCACGUUUCAUCCAUGCAAAUCUUUUCAAGUAUUAUCCCUUGAGAGAAGCAUACAACUGAUCAAAACGAACUUAUUGCAAUUUUCUAAUGUGUGUUUGCUUCAUUCUUCGUCAACCAUAUAUAUGCUCGCAAUUUCAAUGUUUUACGAGCAAAUACUGGUACCGCUAAUGCGAAUCUUAACUCUAGCCAGACAAUGUUGGAGUCAAAUCCAACUGGCGGUUAGCGCUAAUCCUUCAACAAAAGGUCAUUGGGUCUCGCAUGGUGCGCCAAGUUAA